AUGAGCCUUAGUAGCGCCCGACAUGGCCAACCGACCGUGCAACAUGCGCCCAGGGCACCAGUCCGCCCGCCUCGUCAGAUCCGCUUCGUCUCAACAGACGGCCAACCACAUACGAAGAGGAGGAGGAUAAACGCCGCUUGCCUGACGUGUCGCAAACGGAAGACGCGUUGUUCAGGAGAAAGACCGCUGUGCAAGACAUGCACCGACUACGGCCAUGACUGUUCGGGCUAUACUGAUCGGCCGAGCCGCGAGGAUGGCCGAGUGGAAGAGAACGAUGACGAGGUCGACAUAAGUGUGCCAACAUCUCAGACACCCUCAAAAGAUGUUGACGCCACGGCACGUGUCUCUGAGACGGUAGAGCAACCAGAAAGGGAACCGCCGAGUGCCGUGGAGGACAUCAUCAGCCCGGCCAGCAACGACACCCGCAGUAGCUUCACGUCCUCCAGGAACCGGGUGCCCUAUUUUCGCUACUUCGGUCCAACCGCCAUUGUGCCAGGUUUCAAGCAGAUGGUCGUUCAAAUCAAGGAUCACCAAUCGAGCCUGCCUUCUGCUGGCGGAGGAUCUCCAGCCUCAGGACAGCCAUUGACCGCACCCGGUCCUGCUGGUCACGACAGGGCGCCCGUUGUGGUGCCGUGCUAUGAUGCCACCGAUCCGGUCCCUGUGGCUCCCUUGAUCGUUCAUCUGUGCGAAACAUUCUUUAUACACCUGGGUUGUAACUAUUCAUUCCUCCAACGAGAAAGAUUUCUGAGAGACUUGGAAGACAAGAAGGUCGAUGCAAUCCUGGUCGAUGCUGUUUGUGCAGUUGCGGCUCGCUUUUCUUCGCAUCCUUUGCUGUGCACCUCGAAAGACCCUUUGGUCCCCUUGGAUGACGGGGGUAAUGUUCUACGAGCGUUUCGCGGACAUCCAUUUGCGCAACGGGCGAUGGCAGCUGUGAUUGACACGUUCUCCUGUCCUACUAUCGCUGUGGCCCAAGCAUGCCUGCUGCUGGCAUACGAAGAAUUUGGAACUGAUCAUGAUAGCGGGCUCUGGAUGUAUCUCGGGACUGCCAUCCGCAUGGCUCAAGACCUGGGAAUGCAGAAGCUGGAAGGAUUGCAGCUUGAAGGCAGAAUUGGACCUACCCCAAAAACUGUCAAGCACGGUCAGGCCGGCAAGGUGCAAGAGCAAAAGAGGUUCGAACAGCAACAGAGACUAUCACAAAACCUUUCCGAGGUAAACAACGCUGAGCUUGACGACCGACGAGCAAGCGAACAAGAACGGGUCGAUACCUUCUGGGCCAUCUUCUUCCUCGAUAGAGCCGUCUCGUCUGGUGUUGGCCGCCCUGUCACUCUACGCGACAAGGACAUUGAGAUAUCAUUCCCUUAUCGCGCUGACAAGACGAUCAUCGGAGGCUACCCGGACGCCUUCCCUGCCAUGAUUCAGAUCGUCCACAUGUAUGGACGGGUUGCGGAUGUCCUAAACAACAUCAAAGACCUGAGCCAGGUCACUCCCGAAGUGUUGAAACGGUUGGCGAGCAUGGAGAGAGACUUGACAGGAUUCUAUCAGCAUUUGUCUCCCAAGUUACAUUUCAACGCGACAAACUUCCAACAAUAUGUGAAGGCGGGCCAUGGCACAAACUUCAUCCUGCUGCAUUUCUGGUUCCACACCUUGAUUGUUCUGGUACAUCAGCCUACGUUGCUUCAUUCCUUCGAAGGCCGAAUCCAGCAGCUUUUCCCUGACAGUAGGGAAUUGUCCAUGUCGUCCGCAAAGACCAUUGCAGACAUCCUGGCAUUUGCCGAGUUGAUCGACGUCAACAGCUUUAUCGGUAAUCCAUUCACGAGCCAGCCCAUGUAUGUGGCUGCAUGUGCCUUUUUGGCCGAAGCUGCCGCCCAUACGUCGCAACCCUCGUCUCGAGCGACAUCUCCACGACCAAACGGGCACUCCCUGCAUACAAAACAUGCCACGAGCGAUGACAAGGCCCAGAAAGCAGCUUCUGCUCGUCACACCCUACUUGCAACCGCGGCAAAUCAGAACUAUCAGCGCUGCUACAAGGCACUGCAGACACUGGGUACGUACUGGGCUGGCUGCCGUUACAUCCUGACGGCUCUCGACCAGAAAUCAAAAGGUCUCAUGGACCCUCUACUGUUCACCGCGGACGACGUAGAUGGGCAGAUGCCGUCAACCCAGCCAUCAUUCACUACACCCGGAUGGCGCAGGAGCACUUCGUUGGCUGCUUCCCUUGGCGUAGAUGCGAGGUUUCGCGGUCUCAAGGGGCGGUCGGACAGAGGGACGAGUUCUUCUCCUUCGAUGGACUUGAGUCAUGCUAUUGGUUGGUCCCUGACCGGUACCGCGAACUCGCCUGCUCCGAACCUAAGCUUCCUCUACUCAAUGAACGAUGGCGGGAAGGGCGCAUCAUUCGCACGACAUCCCCAGACGGGACAAGAACAGUCAGGCACAGGCCAUCGUCCGAUGGAUCGCAUGACAGUGCAAGACAGCAACCCAACUUCAGCUCUCGAGGCCCAACCGUCCGGAAUUGGCCGAGUCAAGGCGCUUUCGUCUCUGCCAUAUGAUCCCGUUUCGGCAGAAGACGCCGACCUCCUGUUAGGUCUUCAUUCACCUUACAUUCCUAGUUCGGGCGUAUCAGCGACCACCUCUUCUGCCGUCGUGCCGCCGAACUCAGGCCACUCCAGUUAUCAACCUCAGCCGAUACCCAGCUACGAGCAAGCUAUGGGCCUUCCACCACAAUUUGUCGAUAUCCAAACCCAAGAUGUGGACAACAUGCUGAUUCGAGCACAAGAAAUCGACAUGAGCGGCGCACAGCAGUUCGACUUCCCCUUCCCAGGCGGCGACAUGGUCCCCUGGUUAGAGUACCUGCCACAGGACGUGCUGACGUAUUUCGGAGACCAACAUUCGGGCGGAGACAUGAUAGACGCGACUGUAUCGCUUGAUCAGAGAUGA